AUGGUAGUAUUUGAUGAAGUCCAUCGUAGUCAUUGGUCUCUAUCUCCACCUCCAGAGGCCUCAGGACACGAGGUGCAAGGGAAGCCUCUUCACGUGGUCAGUCUCCCCAUCAGCAUUCUUGAACCGCAGUCAGUUCACACCGGCUGCUAUCGCAAAGAGAAAGCUGAAGAAAGCUUUGGAAUGAUGGUGACAAUGAAUCUACUAUUCCUGGUAUUCAUAUCCUGUUCUGUGGUUGCAGCUACUUCAAACUGCUCGAAAUGCCACCCCGAAGCUACCUGUGCAGACUACUUUGGCUACCUCCAAUGUUCCUGCAAGGACGGGUUUAUAGGAGACGGCUUUAACUGCUCUGAUGUUGAUGAAUGCGCCUAUUACUGGUCAAAUAAUUGUGGUUAUUACACUUGUGUAAACACAUAUGGUUCAUACUACUGCAUGUGUCCAUCUGGCUACCGCAAUGACAGUGGAGCUGGAUGUGUUGAUGUAGAUGAGUGCUCUAACCCUGGACUUAACACCUGCACUGUAAAUGCCACAUGCACCAAUACCAUUGGCUCUUAUACAUGUGUGUGUGCCCCCGGAUACUUUGGGGAUGGCUUCUCCUGUGAAGUGGAUGAGUGUGCCCUUGGUGUUUGUGGUUCUGGUAUGGAAUGUUCUAAAUACUAUGGUUCCUAUUCUUGCUAUGAUCCAUGCCUCACAUACACUACACUUAAUGACCCAUGGAGAAGCACAUCCUAUGUAUAUUACUCGUAUUAUUUUUCUUACUAUUGGAAUUGUGACUCUGACAAGUUUGGAUGGUACCGAUUUGUGGGCAGUGGAGGCGUCAAAAUGCCGGAAUCCUGUGUUUUUUAUUAUUCAUGUGGCACAGCGGCUCCAAUGUGGCUCCAGGGAUCACAUCCCCUCAUCUCAGAUGGGAUUGUAAAUCGUACAGCCUGUGCUUACUUGAGGGGAGAUUGCUGCUCGUGGUCAACAACAGUGCAGAUUAAAUCUUGUCCGGAUAAUUACUACGUGUACAAAUUAAGCGGAACACCCGCUUGCAGUUUAGCUUACUGUACAGAUCCGUCCUCUGUCACUGAUGUCUGUGCAUGUGCAGAGACAGAACAAUGCUCCUUGGUUGAUGGGAAAUAUGGAUGUUACUGCAAAGAUGAAUAUAACAUUUCUGAUAUUUCAGAAAUACGCCCUAUACUGACCUGCGGAGCACAUGAAAUGAGGGUCUCAUUCCUAAAAUGUCAGCUAAAAAGUCAGGAUAUUGAUGCCAGUAAGCUAACCACUGCAAACAUCGGCUGUUAUACCCUUCAAGAUGAUAUUGUCAACGGAACGUACUCAAAAUCUACGACUCAUGCUACUUAUAUCAGCACAAUAGACAUUCUAUUAGGAUCCAGUAAUGAUUUGUUUAUACCACAGGAAGUGACCGUUCAAAUGAAAUGUUCUUAUCCUCUUAAUAUACAAGUUAGCCUGAACACUGCGAUGAAUCCCAUGGUGAGUUUCCAAGAUGCCAGCUACACUCUUCCCUAUGAAGCACCUGUAGUUGAGAUGUCAAGCAAAUCUUUUCUGUAUGUUGGUGUCACUCUCGAUGGGCCCGGAAAUUCCCCGUAUAUUGUAUUGAUGAAAAACUGUUUUGGGACCCCGACAAACAACAUAAAUGACACCAUAAAAUACCAUAUCAUCAAAGACAGCUGUCCUAUCAAGCAGGACUCAACCAUCAGUGUUCCCAUCAAUGGGGUUUCAAAUGAAGGUCGCUUUUCCUUGCAGCUGUUUAGGUUUAUCACCCGUUACAGCCAAAUCUACCUACACUGUGAGAUAAAUCUGUGUGAUCCCACGACAAACAUCUGCACUCCAGAAUGA